UGGCAGUGCCCGGCGGGUAGGGGGACUGGCAGGGGUAGUAGCCGUGCCACCGCCCCUCAGCGGGACACCGGUGGGGAGUGGUGCGGGCAGCGAGCGCCGAGCCAGCUCUUGCCCUGUGCUGACGGAGACUGUCGCCAUGACGCUCACCAAAGGCUCCUUCACCUACUCCAACGGGGAGGAGUACCGCGGCGAGUGGAAGGAAGGUCGCAGGCACGGCGUUGGGCAGCUGACAUUUGCUGAUGGCACCACUUACGUGGGGCACUUUGAGAACGGGCUUUUCCACGGCUGUGGUGUGCUUACCUUCUCCGAUGGCUCCAGGUACGAGGGGGAGUUUGUGCAGGGCAAGUUCAACGGUGUAGGCGUGUUCACUCGCUGCGACAACAUGACCUUCGAGGGCGAGUUCAAAGGCGGGCGUGUGUAUGGCUUUGGUCUCUUGACCUUCCCGGAUGGCUCCCACGGGGUGCCCCGCAACGAGGGCUUCUUUGAGAACAACAAGCUGUUGCGGCGGGAGAAGUGCCCAGCCAUCAUCCAGAGGGCCCAGGGUGCCUCCAAGUCUGCCCACAACCUGACAGCGUGACGGUGUCUCGUGUCCCCUCCUGUCGUGGCAGUCACUGGGUACUGGCUGGCCCUGCCAUCCUCAGAGAAGGGAUGUGGCACUGCUGUGUGCCCCCCUUCCCUCCCUCCUUACCACGUUCCCCCUGCCAAAACUGCCCCUACUGGGGGGGACAGGGCCUUCUGCCCUCCACUCAAGUGCCCCGGGGCAGCCAUGGUGCCUUCUCUCUCUGGUUAUAGCCCUGGCACCUGCUGGAGCAGUGAGGGAACAGUGUGGCCAGGGCUUGGCCCCUCUGCCCCUCAGGAAGGCUGUGGACCACCAGCGCUGCUAGCCUGCUGCAGAGGAUGGAGCAGGGGUGUAGGGACUGGGGCUGGGCCCUGGCCCCACUGUCAGGAUGCCUUGGCUAGGAGCUGCUGGCUGGACCACAUGCCCAUGGAGGGGCAACUCCUGGCCCUUUUGGCUACCCUGGUCCAAGGUAGGGUGGCGACCUCAGGCACCCUGUGGCCUGCACCUUCAGCUCUGCAUGAUUGGCCAGACCCCCAUAUUUCCUGGACAGGGUAGCAUUGUGCCUCAAGCCUGCUCUUGAAGCCAGCUGAUGGGCUGUGUUCCUCUCAUCCUUGUGCCAAUGCCAUCCAUCUUCUGCCUCGGGGACAACUGCAGCAGUAUUCCAACCAAGGGAAACCAGGGGAUGCCCAGCCUGACCCUUGUCUGCUGCACACUGAGGGAAAGCAUGAAGGAUGGCAGGCAAGGAGCAGGGUUGGCUGGCUGGAGUCUGGGAUGAGGGGCAUGAGCAGGGCUGUGGGAGAUGCCAGGGCUGGGGCAGGGAGCCUGAGCGGGGCAGGGGGCCUGAGCAGGGCAGGCAUGGAUAGGGGAGUGGCAAGGGACAGGAGCCACACAGCUCUUUGCCCCCUGCACGUGUCCUUCAAUCUGCCCUGUGUGCCCACGUUCAGCCUAGUGUGGGCUGGCUGGCUGCAGCAUGGGGGUCCUGGCAGCCCUCACAGCUCAGUGGUGGGCUACAGGGUGGGCAUGUCCCAUGUGCCCACACCAGUCCUAUCUGUGCCUUGCCAUGACCCUGCCUUGUGCUGCCGCCUGCACAGGCCUCAGCUGAGUAAACCACAUUGCCAAA